AUGGAAAAAAUUAACUACUAUUUUAAAGCCUUAUCUCAAGAGCUAGAGCUACUGAAUAGAAUUAUAUACAAGUUUAAGAAUCAGCAUGGAAGGUUAGGCUAUUUCAAGAGUAUCUUUAGGAUUACAAAAGAACUCAAAAUUUUUUGUAUUGCUUUACAAGAAACUUUUUAUAAUAAAAAUUCAACAGAAAAUGCUGAAAAUUAUUAUAAAAAUCUUAGAGAUCUUAGGAGGAUAGUUCGCAGAAUUAAGUGGGAUCUUAAGGACGCAGGUACAUCCAUUUCCAGACUAUUAUCUCAUGGCUUUUUUUUGCCAAUGGUUUUUCUUCUUUUUUCCACCUUAAGUAGAGUAUUUUCAGUGAUAAUUAAUAUUAAAGUUACUAUUGAUAGUACGAUUCCUACUAUUCCAUUUAAGCCAAGUAAUGUAAAUCAAAAUGUCCACUCAUCUACUAACGAUAAUAAAAGCAAUUACAAUAAUGGUAAAAAAAGUACAAAUUUAAAUUGCAGAAAUUCCGAAUUAUCGCAUUUCGGAUAUUUUAAUGAAGAAGAUGAUGAUUUGGGAGAAAUCGUAUCCUACAAUUCAUUGAUUGAGAAUAGUAAUACUAUUCACAACCACGAAAAUGAUACUUUAUCAGUAGCUAAUAAUAAUGAUAACUUAGAGUCUAAUUCUGGAGUAAAGGAUUUAUUAGUUGAUUCAACUUCAGAACAAACAGUAAAUAAAGAAAUUUGUACUUUAAAUAGCUUAGAAAAUAAUACCGAACCUCACAAUAAUGAUAUGAAUGAAAGUUUAAGUAUUGAACCAAUUGCUAAUGAAGUUAAUGUAUUUAAAAAGCUAAUUAGAGCGUGGAAUAUCCAUAUGAUUUUACGUUCCAAAAGGAGAAAGCUUGUCAUUUAA